AUGCGGGUGGUCGUGGGAGUCCUCGUCUCUGCGUGGCUCUUGCAUCGUCAAAGAGUGCGGCAUCAAGAACCACGACCAACGAUCCGCCCUGCUCUUGGCAACUUUGUGGUGGACGAGGUCGAAGUGCGUAUUACGCGAUGUGACGACUGGGACGAGUCCAGCGAUUUGCCCAAAGCGAACGCCGCGUCCCGUCACAAAUAA